ACCAGCACCGCCACCUCCGCGGAGGUCGUACGGCUGCUGGCCCUCGGCGCGUUUUAGUAGAGCCCGGGACAGACAGUCGAUCGCGCACACGGAGGGUGCGGGUCGUCCUGGGGGUCGGUUGUCGGGUAUCGGGUCUGGUCGGUCGGCUUGAUCGGUCGGUCGGUCAGUCGAUCGUUUGGUUGUAGUUGCAGUCGUCGGUUCAGGUUCGAGGGUGGCUGCGAACCGCGCGGCGUCUUCCUCCGCGCGCGUGCGACCGCUCGCGUCGACGUGCCGUCAGCGCGCGAUUCAACAGCUGGCGAGUCUGGUGCCGGGAAAAGGAACGUCGCUCCUGUCGCGGUAAACAUCAAAGUCUCCUGCGUCUCCACCUGAUAACUUCCGGGUGCGCUUGAUAACGUUUCCGCGACGCUGCCUGGGACGCGCAUAUCCGCGUAGCCGAGAUGAUGUGCCGAGCCGAGCGAGCGUCGUUGCGUUCGCUCGUCGAGCGUGAUGUACCGCUGGACCGUUCAAUGAUGUGAGAUGCGAGACGCGUCGAAUGGAUCGAAGCGCUACGUCGCGACGUGCUGGUGCGUGUGGUGUCGGAGCGGUAGAAUCAGCGAGAUCUACGGACUGACGCGAUAGUUGUCUAACCGGAAGAAUACCGCAGUGUGAAGCCUGGGAUGGACUACGCGACUACGCGUGGGGUCGGAUCUAGAUAAGGAGGGUUGGAUGCUGCAUUCGGCUCACGGUGCGUUUGCCACGCUUUCCCGGGGCGGCCGGAAAGCGCGCAGAAUGCGGACGCGAUUGGUUUCUGUUUGGCGACGAUCAGACUGAACGAGCGAACGAGUUCGCUUGCGUGUUGUUGCGGCGUGCAACGCGGGAAGCACGAGGAGGAAGCGGAAGUGUGACGGAGGAGGAGCGGAUCGAACAUCGACCAGUCAUCGACGAACAGUGCUCCCGGAUGAGUCGCGGCGCGCGUUGUGUGCGCUGAGGAUUCCGCGAGAGGAUUCGGCGGUGACUCUGACCGGCUGGGGGUGUCUCGUACCAUCGUACCCUGGGCGCCGAUGAUUCCGUCAGGAUCAUUCACUGCCGACGAUCCGCGCUCGUCGAUCGUCACCGGAGCAGCGUCGUGUACACGCCGCGCGGUAACGACGAUCAGUCGCCAGCUUGGCAGCUCAGCGUUAGCGCGGGCAACGCACGCAGCUGAGAAUGGAAGUGAGAGUCCGCUGGCAACCGAUCAGCAGCAGCAGCAGCAGUGCGAUUGCACCGAGUCGCUAUUUUGAAUUCGAGACGGCGGACAGGGAGCGAGAGCCGCUUGGAGGGUGCGGGAUUGAAGGUGGCGGUAAGCUGUACCGGAAGCAGUGGGAGUGGGUGGACAGCGGCGACGGAAUAGGGGUGGUGGUGGCGGCGGCGGUGGUGCGGAAAAGGGUGCAGGAGGGCGGGUGCAAAAAACCGUCGGCGACAGCGGCGGAGACGAACGGGCAAGGAAAGCGGAAACCGGAAGGGAAGGAAGAAGGGGGUCGUCCAUCGGCAGGAGGGCCCCACAGAUGCGGGGCCCGCAGGGGCCAGUCCGCGGCGGCGUGACGCGAUGCGGACGUCCUCCUCCUCUUUGCCGAGGAAGAGGAAGAGGAAAGACCUCUCGCCUCCCGACACCGUCCUCCACGUCGACGGCUGGCGACGCGUGUCAGCUAGACGCGCCAAUCGACGUGCCCCGCGAUUCGAUACCGUUGCGCAGUGUCAGACACGACGUGACGUUCCUCGUGGGCGACGAAAUGGUCUCUCCUCGGCGUAUCGUACGGUUCCCGGGGAGGCUACCCCUGAGGACCGACAAGCGGCUUUUGGGAUUCCUCUGGUCGAAGAACGCGAGGCGCGAAAAGAGCGGUGGUGGGAAGGAGAGGGCAACGAGGAUGCGGGAGAGAGACGAGAGGUGCAACGAAGUGCGAAGGAUACCGCGGUGCAUACCGCGGCGAAACGGAUUUCCGGUGGGCUGCCGCAUGACAGCAGCGGCCUCGCCGGGAGGAUCCUCCUGCUGGCGCUCUUCUGCGCUCAGUGCUGUUUGGCGAGUACCGAGGCUCUGGCGGGUACUCAAAAGUACUGUGUCAGGACGAUCACGACGCGGUACGGCGUUCUGCGCGGCGUCGAGGCCAGAUCGUCGACGGCCGUCGAGACUUAUUACGGCGUACCAUACGCCACUCCGCCACUCGGCGCGCUACGCUACAUGCCCCCGGUCACCCCGACACCAUGGCGUGGCACCAAGUUCGCCGACACCAUGCCACCGGCCUGCCCGCAGCGGCCGCCGGCAGUGGAUGCGAGCCUGCCGCGGCAGAGACGCGCCUACCUCGAGAGGCUAGCGCCAAUGCUGGCUAACCAGAGCGAAGACUGCCUGUAUCUGAACCUCUACGUGCCCAAACCACCUCUUCACGGUAGCAACCAGGAUUUGCUGCCGGCUCUCCUGCUCAUCCAUGGUGAUUCCUAUUCGUGGGGUGCCGGAAAUUCAUUCGACGGGACCGCCCUGGCUGCUCACGGACGCCUCAUCGUCGUCUCCAUCAAUUUUCGUCUUGGCGUGCUUGGCUUCCUGAAGACCGGAUCGAAGGGGAGCGCGCAGGGCAAUUACGGACUGAUGGAUCUGGUGGCGGGAGUCCAUUGGCUGCACGAGAACCUCAAGGCUUUUGGCGGCGAUCCUGAGCGGGUGUCGUUGCUGGGCCACGGUACCGGGGCGGCCCUCGCCAAUUUUUUAGCCGUCUCCCCUAUGGCGAAAGAGUUGAUCGGGAGGGUGAUUCUGCUCGGGGGUUCGGCCCUCUCGCCAUGGGCGGUCCAGCGAGAUCCGCUGAUGGCGAAGCGCCGAGUCGCUAAUCAGACCGGAUGUCCCGGUGAUGUCGAAGCCGACGAUAUCGCACCGUGCCUUCGUUUAAAGAACCUAGAAGAGCUACUGGCGGUGCAGCUGGACCCGCCGAGAUUUACUUCCGGAUUCGCGCCCUUCAUCGAUGGAGCCGUUCUACCAUCGACGGUCAAUCAGAACUUCCAGCCCACUGCCUCUUCUUCGGGACUCAUGUCUAUCGUAUCCGGCCCCGGCUCGGAAUUCGCGGACUUUGGCUCUCGUGAAAUACUCUUCGGUUUAACGUCGGAGGAAGCCUGGGUGAAUCUCUCCGAGGAAGAUUUACAGAACGGCUUGAACGAGACGAGAAGGGACCGUAUAUUGCGCACUUACGUCCGGAACACCUACCGGUAUCAUCUGCAUGAAAUCUAUUCGACACUUCGGAACGAGUACACCGACUGGGAGAGAGGCGAGCAGAGUCCCGUGGCGAUCUGCGAGGGUCUCUUAUCUCUCCUCGGAGACGGCCAAGUCGCUGCGCCGCUCCUCCGACUGGCCCUCCUGCACUCCGCCUCGAUGAGACGAGGCUAUUUCCUGCACUUCCAGCCUGGCGAACGGCCGAGCCAGAGGGGCGAAGAGGUGCCGUAUCUCCUGGGUAUACCUCUCUUGCGCGGGGAGAUCAGGUCCGUGUUGUCCACCUUCGACAACUACACCACCGCCGAUGAGACUCUGUCGAAACUCCUCGUGCACUAUUUGGUCAACUUUGUGAAGAGAGGGGAUCCAAACGGCGCGAGUCCCUCGUCCACGGGAAUGGAGAUCGGUCUGGUGACGAGUCCGCCGUUCUGGGACUUCUACGACGCCAUAAACCAGCUGUACCUGGAGGCCAGUCACAAUCCGGGGAUACGUUCGCACUACAGGGGCCACAAGAUGUCCCUCUGGCUGAACUUGCUGCCGCAGCUGCACCGGCCCGGCUACGAGAUCAACAUGCGGCACCACCACCUCGCGGAGAGUCCCAGCCUCUACGAGGGUCCAGUACGGCCACAGAGCACAGCUGUGCCCAUACCGGCACCACCGCUGCCCAUGCCAUCCCCCACGGAACCCUCCUCGAUCCUGACCGUGCUGUCGACCACGGAGUGCAUCCCCAACGCGACCGUGGCCACUACCAUCUCGCCCACCACGUCGCGCACGCUGCAGCACUCAAAUCUGGGUCCGGGUCCCAACAAUCUCCUGCGCAAGCUCGCGUCCAGUCACUACCAGAGCUACACCACAGCGCUCACGGUCACGAUCGCGGUGGGUGUGUUCCUGCUGCUGCUCAACAUCCUGAUCUUCGCCGGGAUCUACCAUCAGCGCGACCGGAACUCGUCCGGCAGUGGUCUGUCCGGCGCCUUCGGCAACAAGAAGAAGGAGGAGCUGCUUGAGGCGGGUUGCUCUGGCAUGGACGCGAGCAAGCAGCGACUGUCGUCGUCGAUGGGCCUGAUGGACUCGCCGACGAUGCUGCCGCCGCACAAGGCUAAGCUUGUGCAGGAGCUCGAGCUGCAGCUGCAGGAGUUCCAGUGCUCGCCGCCGCCCGGCGGUGGCAAGCGCAUCCUGGAACCUCCUUCGUACAGCAAGAGCCCGUGCAUCCAGCGCACUCGCACCCCGUCGCCCUGCGUGGACGCGACCAUCGCGCGGAUGGACGAGGUGAACAUCAGCAGCAUCCGCAAUGACAGCGAGGACGAGAACGACGAACUACCGGAACCACCGCCGCCGCCGAAGGCACCGGCGCCGAACGUUGGUCUCACGUGUCCUGGGAUUCUCCGGCAGCCCGGGACACCCGGUAGCGCGAAGAAGCGCGUGCAGAUUCAGGAGAUCUCCGUGUGAUAGACCUAGAGAGGUCUCGAGUCUCGUCGAGAUCUUUGAUGUUGUGAAGUGAGCGCGGUUCGCUGAGAGUGCGCGCUUAUCCGAGCGCUCGCACGCGCGUGACAAGAGGGUGGUGUCGAUCGGGAUCAAGUGCGGGGCUCCUUUGAACUUUGAUUAUCAUCGGGGAUGCUCGAGACGCUAGAGAGGCGCGCUCUCCGCUCUUCAACCCGUCGAGACGAGUUUCGUUCCUCUGACGAAAUUACCGCGUCUCCUGCGUCUCCGUUCGAGAAUAAUAAAACAGUAGCUCUUCUCUGGCACUCAGUCACGUGCGAUUCACACUGCGUCUCGGUCGACUUGUUAUACGGGGUGGAAAACGUAAGCUUCGAGCGUUAAACCGCCCGACCUCUGCGAAUGGAUUCUCUUCUCGAUUCCCGUUCUUGGAGCUUGCUUCCGGACUGCUAGAAAGUGUGCGCGUCUUGCGGACUUGCGAUCCUGCUGCGUGAUUGAUGCGCGGCAUCGACUGGAGAAAGUGAAACAUAAAAUUUUCCAACUCACCCCAAACGGCGCUGCACAGUGUCGCGCGUCCACGGACAGGUCGGCGAUGUAACAAGUGUGCUUCAGUUUCGCAAAACUCCGCGGCGGUUCGCGAUCCACAAGGUAUGGGAUGCACGGCUUGAUAAACGCUGACGAAUGGAAGGUUCAUGGUGGUCUGUUCGUACCCCAGAGACGUGGUCUUUGUCCGUCCAUUAGGGACGACAACGUCUGAGAAAGCUGAAGUACGCGGAUCGGCCGGCACUCUGGUUUCUUACAUUCUUCGGACUCUUCGACCGGCUGCGAUACGGCGGUUGUUGCGGCGCGGUGUCGCCAAAUCGGGGAUUGACGUAAUCUCAGGAAUAAAACGAAUGCAAAAGACAUUUUCGCGACAGGCGUGCGUGGUGUCCGUCAUGGUGCUCGGGCCGGCUCGGUCCGAAUACGCCGCAACACCAAAUGGAAUUAAUCGAGGAAUUGGUAGUCUUGCGCUUCGACUUUUAGAUUCGUAAAGAGACGACUGGCCGUUGAUGCGAAUGUUCGUGAGGAAAUGAGGAUGUGCGCGCGAUAACGGAGGAUGAUGGGAGGGAAGGUGCGAAAUAGAACGGCUGCGAGAGUAGGAUCUGUUUUGACGAACUCCGUGAAAUGAAAUGGCUUUCGUCUCGUGUAAUCGGGCGUGUAUGUAUGCGUGUACGUGUGCGUGCAAUCUUGUACAAGGAAUUGGAACACGAGUACGAGGUGCGAGAUAGGGCUGUAAACGGAUAAACGAUGAAAGGGAAUAUUUAAGGGAUGCAGGUGACUCUCCUAUACUUGUUUCGGAAGUUUUCCCAAUGUAUAACGUGAUAUUUAUGGGAACGAAGUCCGAUACGCGACGUUUUAAGGUUUUAUUCGCGGAGAUCGCAUAUAUCUACAUUACUCGAAACAUUUUUAUGAGGUACACAUUUGUUGGAAAGCGCUGUAGUAGCAAGUUUCCGCGGACUUUGAUAGUCACCCCGGGGGAGGAAUACAGGGUGUCGCGGUGUUUCAAAAAGUCAUAAAUUCGCCGCAACUUUUCGACGACUGCCAUGAAAGGAGGGUGUUUAAACAAGAGCCCUUACCUUCGAUCAAUCAGAAAUUAAUCGGCGCAUAAACAUCAUCAGUUAAUUUUAGCAGCAUGUAAAAUUACUAAUUAAAGCGAAGCGCACAUUUGAAUCUUGAUUCAUUUGCGUUUGUUCGGUAUUUCCCUUUCGUAAUAAACUCUACGCGGUUGUAACGAGAGUUGUUUCCGUGAAAUUGCUUUUUAAAAUCAGCCCCUGAUGGUAACGACGAAACUUUGUAUGCAAGUUGAGUACUUAAUAAUUUCAGUCUCUCCGAGAGUCACCUGUACAUUGUAAAUUUUAUGCAGUAUUGGAAAAAUACGAUACUUGGGAGGCGCAAAGUAUCCGGGUCCAUCCUACUUUAUGUUCUUCUUCGGGGUGUUUAGACGUGUCGAAUUGGCUAGUGAUGCGCGACAUGAAUAUUUUGAACCUGAGUCGAACGAUACUGCUGUUACCAUUUGUACGUUAACUAUGAGAAUAGUUUAAGACGGUCUAAGGCGGCCUGGAAACCGCGUCAAUCCCGCUUACCUUACGGGGGAUUAGUUGCAGAGGACGUUUUUAGAGUCACGAUUUACCGAAAUCUCUCCAUAAGAUAUACCUUAACGGCGAUGUAAUUCCGGAUCCGAAAUUCCUCAAAGAAUUCGUUAGCUAGCUAGAACGCUAUAUAAGCCGAACGUUUUGUAUGUCAAGUAAUACGGAUACGAAUUUCGGAGUGGGCAAGAUUUGAUUUUUGUCUCACGUACACGUGCUGCGACGCACGUGCAACGGAACGCACAAUGCUCCUCGACGGAAUGUAAUCGGAACAAAAAAAAGAAAAGAAGGAAAGGACUACGGCAAGAAUUGAAUCUGGCUCGCGACUCGUCGAUCGUUUCGCGAGAAACGCGUCUGUCGCGAGAUCGGAAAAGGCGGAGACGAGCGCCGUAAGCACUCCUUCGACAAGCUUUCCGAGACAUUUCGAGCGAGGCACGAGGAAGAGACACCGCGCGAGGGGCCACCGUAAGUAACGUAAUUAUUAAUUAACUUAGUCACGGGAAAACUCGCCAUAAUUAAUUCGAUUGCACCCGCGUGCGUUGUCCUCUACGACGGCAGGAUCCUGAUCUUGUUCUUAAGGUACGUGUGCAUCCUUUCUCUUUUUUUCUAAAGAUACGACUCGGGAGGAAGCGUCGAAACGCGCCGCUAAAUCGCGGGAGCGAUUCGAUCGAUCCGAGAAGCGUCACGGUGUCGUCGCGAUUUGGAUACGAUCGUUAAAUUAUCUUGAUUUGCAUCGUAAUUCGUGGGGAGGGUUUCAGUUUCAUUGUCGUUCGCGCGGCCGAGGUGAUCGAGCCACGUUCAAGCUCCUUAACGCCGCCGUUCCUUUCGUGUGCAGACUCUACGGGCAAUUGGAACUCGACUUUUCCUCAAUCGAAGAACGUGGGAAUACAAACGAGCCUCGUGUCAUGGGGAAUUAUUCGCCGCGAAACCGGAUGCCAAUUAGCAAAGCUGCUAAUAGCGCGAGGUAUACAAGAAAAUCUUUAAUGUAUCUGAGAAAAAUCGCGAGAGAAACCUGAAGGCGUUUGUAACAAAGUUGUUUUGUAAUGCAAAAUUCAUUGCGCGAUUUAUUCGGGAGAUCCGCGGAUGAAAGAAAUGGCGGUAUAUUAUGACAGUGGGUAUGUUACAUAAUGCAGAACUAACAGAAAGAGGGAUGGCACGCUGUGGACGUAACGUAGACGGUCAAUAGACGAAUCUGAAACGCUGCCACGAGCUAUAUUACGUCCAUGGCAGUGACCGGUGCCAAGAACGUACCCACACGUAUAUCUAUCAAUGUUUGGAAUGUUGGGAUUUGUUUAAAUAAAUACUUAAAAGAUUCAAAGCGUAA